GCAGGCAGAUUGCAAUUGUUCAAACGAGGAAAAGCUCUACGGAAGCUGUGAUUAUACACAACGUAUGUAUGUGGGAGUACUUCAUAGUUCAUACAUAUAUAUAAAAAUCCCCUCUUUCGUCGUCACUCUCUAUUUCGCGCACCCCUUUCGCUCAUCUAAAUCUUCCGAUCUUCUCUUUCUCGUCCAUGGCCGCUCCGCUUUCGAAAUUAGGUCUCGGAAGUCAUGCGAUCGCCGCUAACAAGAUGUGAUUUUCUUAGAGCUAAGCGUUAAUUUUGAUUUCUUGUUUUCAGCGGAUUGCGUGUUUUUAUUGUGUGCGGCUCGCCUAGGGUUUCCGGACCGUAGAUAUUGCGCAUGAAGGGUCCGUUAGAUCGGACGAAGAUUGUGCUGCGGCACUUGCCGCCGGGGCUUCCCCAGUCGGCGCUGUUUGAGCAAAUUGAUUCUCGCUUCUCCGGUCGCUACAACUGGUUCUCCUUCCGUCCUGGCAAGAGCAGCCAAAAGCAUCAAACUUAUUCAAGGGCAUAUAUUGACUUUAAGACACCAGAAGAUGUUAUUGAGUUCGCAGAGUUCUUUAAUGGUCAUGUCUUUGUUAAUGAAAAAGGGUCUCAGUUCAAGACAAUCGUUGAGUAUGCCCCUUCACAGCGUGUUCCAAGGCAGUGGUUAAAGAAAGAUGGUCGUGAAGGAACUAUCUUGAAAGAUCCUGAAUAUCUAGAUUUCCUAGAAUUUCUUGGGAAGCCAAUUGAGAAUCUUCCUAGUGCAGAGAUUCAGUUGGAAAGAAAGGAAGCUGAACGUGCAGGGGCCCCUAAGGAAGCCCCUAUAGUUACACCCUUGAUGUCUUAUGUGCGUCAGAAAAGAGCUGCAAAGAUUGAGGCUCGGAGAGUGUCCAAUGGAACAUCAUUCAGAAAGGUUGGGCUAACAUCAGCAAGGAGCCCUGCCUCUAAUGCAUCUAAACGGAGUUCAGAAAAAAAGAGGAAUCCUACAAAAAUGUAUGUUCAACGAGACGCUUCCAAGGUCGAAAGUAGCAAGGAGAGAGCAUACAUUCUGGUACGGAAACAUGAUGACAAAGAAUUCUUUGACAAAUCUGGUACUUCAGUUUCUGCAGCGCAAGAGGAAGGUGGAGAUCCUGUAUUGGCUGAUAGCGGGAAGAAGAAAAUCCUACUUUUGAAGGGAAAAGAAAAAGAAAUUCCCAUUGUACCAUUUGGUCCAUCAGUGCAGCAGAAUGUUGCCCCUCAUCCCAAGAAUUCAUUUAAUUCGUAUGCUUCCAGGACAAGCCAAAGACGUGAGGCCAGUGGAAGGAUUAUCAGAAGUAUACUUCUCAAGGAUGCUGCUCGUCAAAAUCAUUCAUCAUCUGGUGCUCAAUCAGAACAGCAGAUUCAUGACAAGGAUAAAAGACCUCCUAGGCCACCUCACAGUUUGCAAUUGUCUCAGACAAAUGGUAAUGGAUUACCUGAGGAUAAGUUUGCAGGGAAUGAUUCACACAAUGCCAAUUUUGAUAAGAUGGAAAGACGUACAAGGAGCAGGGAUAGGCCAGAUCGUGGUGUUUGGACUCCACUCAAACGUCAUGAUAAUUCACAAGCAAAUGAUGAAUAUUUGUCAUCAUCGACGUCUCAGUCUACCCAUGUCCAAGAUUCAGAUGAAGGAAGCAUCAUGGAAGUGAAAAGUGAUGGACUAGGCGCCCGCAGCGGAGAGUUCAAACACAUGGGAGGUGGACGAAGCUCUCGUUCUUUUGAUAAUAAUGGUACACCCAGAUAUGGUGGUCGUCGUGGUUCAGCAUAUAAUACAAAAGAUUCCGAUAGCACUGCAUUUGGGGAAGGGAGGUCCUCAAGAAGAGGAGGUCCUGGAUAUGUUUCCCAUGAGAAGCAAGUGUGGGUUCAAAAGUCAAGUUCAGGUUCUUAAUUUUGCUAGUUGUGUGAAACGCCCGAUUGCGUACAACACCCAAAAGUAUAAAUGGCGGUGCUCUUUUUGUUUAUGAGUGGGCAACUUUUACCAAAGACACAUUUAUGGAAGAAGAAGAAGAAGAAGAAGACCUUUAGCAGUGGGAUUUUUGAAUUGCUACACCAAGUGAACCCUUUGAUCAUCGUACUACACAAACACAGUACAACACACCAAAGACGGUCCCAGUGGCAAGAACGUCUUUUUACGACGUGAAAUAACACCAUGAUGGAGGCGGGUUUCUUCAGCGGGUCCCAUGGAAAUUACCAGUUCCCGCCAUUUCUCUCCCUGGUUAUGAAGAAGAUAGUUAUAACUAGGGGAUCCCAAGAAGUGGGUUAUAUUUGUUGACUUAAUGUAUAUACAAAAGACAGUAUUCCAUUGCUUAAGCCCCCCCCCCACCUCACCCAACCCCCGUCCCGCCCUUCCAUCCGCGUAGUAUUUGCAUAUACAUAUAUAUUCAUAUAUGUUAUCGGCGUUGAUGUUAAUGCUAGGCUUGAGUUGCUUGAUGUUUUGGCAGUGCUGUUUUUUUAUACUUAGGGCCUAAAUAUGGGUAUUGAAUCUGAUUGGUUUUGGCAUAAUCUUUGUUUUAAUGAUGUCUACUGCCUAAUGAAAUGUGUUUCGAGUA